AUGGAAGGAUCAAGAGUAGGGAUCUCGGUGGAAGGGGUCGACCAGCAGCACAACGCGGAAAAGGACAGCAGCUGCGAGUGUCAUAUCAAUAAGGCGGAGAUCCAAAAGGGGGCAUGGAACGAGGACAGGAGCGAGUGCAUAUCCAACUGUAAGACGCAGUUUCUGCAGUCGAUAAGCCCGGGAUGGAGCGGAGCGGCGUCGGGAUGGGCGGACGUGUGCGGCAAUCUCAACUCGACGAGCAAAGGUGUCGAGGUUGCUGAAUACAGGUUUUGGUCCCUUUACUGGUGCGACUCGACGUUUUGCGGGGUAGCGAUAGACCAGAGCAAGGGACUGGGGCAAGAUCCGAAUGUUGAUUCGAUCAUCACCACCUGUGACAAUAAUGGGUUCAAACCGAUUAUUGAUCCUGGACCACCGCACGAGGACUUCAAAUGCAGCACCGAGGGGGAUGGAGCGGGUUCGUGUACGGACAGUUCGUUUUCGAGGCUGCAGCUGACGUCGUCGGUGACAUGGGAGUCUUCGGCGCUGCUGCCAACGGCAGCAUCUGCGACGGCUGUGGGUGUAGGAUUGGGUUCUGUGAGCACGGUACAAGAAACAAUAUCGACCUCAUCGGACCCAACAAAACUACCACCAAUGAACGGACUGGAAACAAGUUUCCCUGCCCCAUCAUUUCCCGCGAGCACAUUUGUUGUCUCGUCAAUAUCCUCCCUGACGGCAUCGACAUCAUUGACAACAACUUCGACAUCAUCCGCUUCAUCAGCCACACACCCAGCAGCAUCAAAAACAUCCACCUCUACCUCUGCCCCUGCUGCCUCAGCAAUAGCAGCCGAGAACGGCCUUUCCAACCCAGCCAAAAUCGCCAUCGCAGUCUGCGCCACCAUCGCCCUCCUCAUGCUUAUCUGCGCUCUGUUCCUUUGCCUCCGCAAGCGAAAACGCGGCGGCGAAUCAUCGCCCCCCCAUCGCAGCCUCCGCUCCCGACUAGGCCUCAACAAUAGCAAAUGGGGGGGCGGCAACAACCCAACACCGCUGAUCUCACCGGCAAGCUCCCUGAUGGGAACAACAGCCAACAACCAAGGCAUCACCCCGCCUCUCCGCCUCCGCCAGAGAAAAUUCAUCCCUUCUCUUUUACCGUCUAUCCUCCGCCCAGGAGGAGGCGCCCGCUCGGGCUCACCCCCUUUGACGCCCCUCACACCACAGCACAGCACAGGCGGGGUUUUCCCGUCAAGCCCGAUUUGUACCCCCACGACUUCGAAGCUGGUUCCUAGACAUGAGAGGACGCCUGGGGGGUACACGGGUGGGUUGCCGCCUAUUCCUGCGCCGGUUCCGAUGUUUGUGAAGGAUUGUGGGAGGGGUAGUGGUAGUGCGGCAUCUUCCAUGACGGCGGCGACAACGAAUAAUUUCUUUGGUGGUGGUGGUGUUGGGGGGGGGUUUGAGAAAAGUCCAUCAUCAUCGUCACCUGCGCGUCCGAAACGGCCGCAUGAUGGACCGUUGGAGAUUCCGGAUUUGUUGGUUGGUGGUGGGGGUGGUGGUGGUGGUGGCGGUGGUAGUAGUACGGGGAGUUUGGUGUCGCCCCCGUUGAGCCCGCCUCCUACUAGGGCUUUGCCGGCUACUCCUCCGGUCGGGACGACAAGAGCGGGGGGGAAUGGGAAUGGGAACCAUUGGUCGGUUGUGUCGAGUUCGUCGAGUAAUUACUCUAGUGAGGCGGGUAAUGGUGGCAGGGUGAAGGGGAUGGGUUUGGGGGGAACGCUGUAUCAUCACCAGAGGGGGAGUGUGGGGGUUGGGAAGGAGAGGGGGAGUUGGGGGAGUUGGAGUGGGACUACGGCGCAACAGCAAGGGACAGGGACUAUUGGGAAGGCGAUUGGGAGUGUGAGGGAUAAGGAUAGGGUUGGGAAGGGGGAGGAGGUUAGUCCGAGGAGUAGUAGUAGUAGUAGUAGUGGGAGUAGUGAUACUGUUACUGGGGGGACGGUGACGACUGGGGGUAGGGGUGAUGUUAGUAGUUUGGGGGAGGGGGGGGCGUAUUUAGAGGGUUAAUAACUAGGUAGGUGCCUAAGAGGGAGUAAGAGGAAGAGGGUAUACCAUGUGUAACUUGUGGUGUUUUUUUCUUUUUUUUUUCUUUGGUGGGGUUGGUUGGACAUCAGGUUUGUUUCUUUUUUUGUGAUACAGAGUAUCAGUUUCAUGUUUUGACUUUUUGUUCAUUUACACUGAGCAUUUAGUGGUAGGGAAAGGGAGGUAAUGAUUUGGAGUAGGGGUAGGUAUGAUACCAGGGUUUUUUGUUGUUGGAUACACACACAGAGAGAAAAGACAAAGACAAAAGAUGUGUUUUUUUUGUGGAGAUGAAAAGAGAGAUGGAAAGAGAGGUUAAGAUAAAAGCUGCUGGUUAGCUAGACGGGGUGUUGGGAAGCUGAGGGGAAAGUGUUUGAGAGGAGAGAGGUGGAGUCGGUAUAGUAACAGAGAUGGAAUUACUCGGGGUGGGAGUGCCUGUAUGGAAGGGUUGGAUAUGGCAACAGGGAAAGUUAGAUAAAAAGAGGUUUCGCAGUUGUAAUCUUCAAG